CUGGACACUGGGCAGAUUUGUAACGUUUUUGCAGUUCAAAGUUUUUUCAAAUUCACAUUCAUAUUUUGUUGACAAAUUUACUGGUUAAAGUCGUUUAAUAGUGACUAUUUUGUUUAAUUAAAAAUUUAUAGACGCCAUGAUGUGGCCGUCGCUUAUGAAUGGUCAGCUAACAAUAUGGAUGAUAGUUAGUGUUCAACUGCUGCGGUACAGUGACGGAGCCGCAGAGAUGGAUAACGAAUUUGCGGAAUUUGAAGAUAUGGAAGUAGAAGAUAUGAGUGAUCGAGAAUUUACCUUGAAGCCACACAGGGAACCUAACAAAGCCGCUGGGGACAAGUCAGCAGUCACCGAUGAUAGUGAUGAUGAUGAGUUUAUUGACGUAGAUGAAUUUUCGAAGCCUAUAAAAGAAACUCAUCCGCAAAGGACUGAAUCAGAAGCCUCGCCACAGCUCAGAUUUGCUGACGUGCCGGCUCAUUUUCGCUCGAACUGGGCAUCAUAUCAGGUGGAAGCUUUAGUACUGUCAAUUCUGGCAGUUUAUAUGUUAAAUUACAUUUUUGGUCGUAUCAAAAAUCGAAACAUUGCAAACAAAUGGUUUAUGGAUGUAACCCCAUUUCUGGAAGAACAAUUUACACUAGUAGGAGAUGAUGGUACAUCAGAGGACUUGAGAGAAGGUCACAUCCAUAAAGAAACUGAUUCUGUUUAUACUAUUUGGUGCUCAGGUCGAGUUGGCUGUCAGGGAAUAUUAAUUACUUUGGAAUUGUUGAAACGGCAGGAUUUAAUCCAUGUUGUCAUGAAUUUUAUUCGUCCGAAGCAAGAUAAAGUUAUAAUACGUAUCGAUGUGGACAACAAUGAGAUGGAUUCAUUUGUGUUUGCUAUUGGACAACGAAAAUCAGUGACCAAAGCAGCCAAAGAAAAGAUGGACCUUAGUUUGUUCACAGUAGAACGAAAGGGAGUGGAUAGAUUAGGACUUCCGUCCUCGAUUGUGGUUUAUGCAGAAAUGUUUGAAGCUGUUAAUGCAAUUAUCGACCCAGUGAUUUUAUCAGUGUUUCGAAAAUACGAAAGCGCCAUUGAUUAUUUCCACUUUUCAGAUCAAUAUUCUGGUUAUAAACCUUCGGAUGGUGAAUCAUUUACACGGUUACCAGAAACGAGUCGAGUGCUGUUUUUCGCUUUCAAAAUGAGCAAUAAUAUGGCAGAAAUUGACGCGUUGUUACGAAUGGUAUUUCACUGUUUCGAAAAAAUAAGGCGUUAUCGACUUUCAAGAGAAGGCAAAUUAAAGGCGGAUAAAAAGCGUCAAAGCGUGCAGGAAGCCUUCCUAAAAACAACACACCAGGCAAGACAGGAAGCAGCUCAAGCUCGUCGGGAAGAAAAAACAAGAGAACGCAAACAACGCCUUCUAGAGGAGGAAGAUCCCGAAAAGCAACGAAGGCUAGAAAAACUAGAACAGAAACGUGAUAUGAAACUGCGGCAGCCAAAAAUGAAACAAUUAAAAGUCAAAUGAAGAAGCAGUACUAUUCGAAUUUACUUACCGACAAAGAUGAGAAAAUAUUUAGUAAACUAAAGAAAAUCUAUGAAAUGACAUCUUUGUUCACGGGUGCCAUUAUUUUACUUUUCCAUUUUGUUAUCUAAAUGGUUGCUUUGCUAGGCAUGGUGAUGGUAGUCAUUUUAAAAACUUGAAUGAACAGAAAAGAGAAGAAUUUUAGAGGAUUAGCUUCCCAAGUUACUGGUAGUAUGUAUUGACAGCGUGAAAAUCUGUAUACCCUCCCAGUAAA